AUGGCGCAUCCACCAGCCAACAGCUCUGCAUCCCCUGAACAAAAAGGUGCCAAUGAAGUGGCAGAGCCAGCUGAACGACCACCUGUACUAGAAAGGCGUGGCUCUGGCUUUUUGAACUUCUUCUCGUCCAUUCUGGCCUCCAAGAAUCCACUGCCUCAUGCGGCAGACCCAAGCAAGAAUACCGCCUGGCUGUUCGACAACACAGCGUAUCUGUCAGUUGAUGAUGACUCAGACGGCAAUCCGCAGCAGUCAUGGAAGACUGAAGUUGUUGCAUGUAUCUUCCAGACCGAGGGCCGAAAAGAUGUCGGCAAAUGGGUCGCUGCCAUCGCUGACUACAUCGGCCUGGAUGGGGAGGUCGGCCACGAUGACCAUAGCACCACGAUGGCGCAUGCAAUCAUUGAAAAGCGCGUACAGCCAUUUCUUGACCACGUUUCUCCUUCUUGCACCAUCAACAUCGACCUGAAGGUUGAUGGAUCAGCUCAGUCCCACUCGCUGGGACCUUCCGACCGCAACGGCAUCAUCAGCCAGACCGUUGACCUGGGUGGAACAGAUGUGCACGAUGGCACCGUAAUCCGUUCAUCAAUUCACAGCUUCAACGAUCAGUCCGCGGCAGUAGCAGAAACAUGCUUCGCCGCACCAGAAGGCUGGCUUGUUGUCUCGGACAUUGACGACACGAUCAAGCGCACCAUGACGAUGGAGCCCACCGGCAUUCUUCGCACCACCUUUGCCGAGGAACCCGUGCCGAUCAAAAACAUGCCAGAGUUCUAUCGUCACAUACAUUCCGAGCUAGACCCAACCUGGUUCUAUCUUUCGGCAUCCCCUUACAACCUCUAUCCAUUCCUGUACCAAUUCCUCCAUGAUCACUACUGCCCUGGCACGCUCGUGCUGCGUGACUAUUCCUGGAUGGACCUCAAGGGUCUCAUUCAAUCAUUCACGGAGAAGACUCAAGAGUACAAGGUGGACCGGAUGGAAAAGAUUCGGAGCUGGUUCCCGCGUCGUCGGGUUCUAUGCAUCGGCGAUUCUACCCAGAAGGAUCCCGAGGCAUACGCUGAGAUGUACCAUCGAUACCCCGGAUGGAUUCAUGCAAUCAUUAUCCGAAAGGUGACAGAUGUGUCUCAUAUGGAGGAGAAGAAUAAAGCCGAGAGAUUUGAAGCGGCAUUUAAGGAUAUACCCCCGGAAGCUUGGACUGUUUUUGAAGACACCCAGGAACUCUAUGAAUUCGUCGAUGGAUUGGGCAUGGAAGACCUAGCACUGUAA